AUGCGGCUGUUAGCUACCGGAAGAGCCCUACGUGCUAGCAGUGGUCGGUGGUCCAUUGCUGCGACUCGCCCUAUAAUCCCUACCCCCCGAUUGCAUGCACUUCGCGAGUCCAUCCCGGCGGUCACUCGGAACUGGAGCUCGACUGCAGCUCUCCGCACCGCUGAUCAGAACCCCAGCGCUAGCUCACCGGGCGCAAAGUCCAAUCUGAAGAUCGAGGGCGACGCCUAUCGCACCGACCAAUGGACCAACACCCCCGACACAAUCCUAUCCCAUGUCGGACGACGACUCUACCUCGACGAGAACCACCCUCUCGCCAUUACUCGUAAACUCAUCGAGAGCCAAUUCCCCUCCCCCGUCUUCGGCAACUACUCUGAGAAGAACCCCGUCGUCACAACCACACAAAAUUUCGAUGUCCUGGGCUUCCCGCCGGACCACCCGGGUCGCUCUCGCACCGAUACUUACUACAUUAACGACAAGACGGUGCUCCGCACACAUACGAGCGCACACCAACAAGCGUAUUUCCAGCAGAUCAACCGGAAUGAGCGGGUCCGCCCAGAGGAAGUCGGAUACACAGUGAUCGCCGAUGUCUACCGACGUGAUGCCAUUGACCGUAGCCACUACCCGGUCUUUCAUCAGAUGGAGGGCGCAAUGCUCUGGAAGCGACCGGACAGCAAUCCUCUUGCGCAUUCUGCAGAGACCGCUGCCAAAAUUAAGGCUGAUGUGGAAUUGAUUCCGCGCCAUGACGUCCCCGUCGAGGAUCCCAAUCCGACCCUUCACCCCCAGCGGAACCCAUUGCAGACGGAGCACCAUACCGAGGAGGAGGUUGAAGCUAUUGCGGAGCAUCUCAAGAGGUCUCUCGAGCGGAUGGUCAUCAAGGUUUUCACGGAGGGUAGCAAAGCCGCGGCAGCCAGCUCUGGGAGCGAGAUCGAUUCGGAGCCUCUGAAGGUUCGGUGGGUCGAGGCGUACUUCCCCUUCACCAGCCCGUCAUGGGAACUCGAGGUUUUCUGGCAGGGCGACUGGCUAGAGAUUCUCGGGUGCGGUGUCAUCAAGCAGGACCUCCUCAAUAACUCCGAUGUAUCCAACCGCGUCGGCUGGGCCUUUGGUCUGGGCAUCGAGCGCAUCGCCAUGCUCCUCUUCAACAUUCCUGAUAUUCGACUCUUCUGGUCUCGCGACGAGCGCUUCCUGUCCCAGUUCCGUGCCGGUGAGAUCACGCGCUUCAAGCCGUUCUCCAAGCACCCUGCAUCCUACAAGGAUGUUGCCUUCUGGCUGCCUCCCUCUGCUGUGACUGGUGGCAGCAGUGCUGCUGGCGGCGCGGUGCCUUUCCACGAGAAUGAUGUGAUGGAGAUUGUCCGCGGAAUCGGUGGUGAUCUUGUCGAAGACGUUACUCUGAUUGAUGAGUUCACACACCCCAAGACUGGGCGCAAGAGCAUGUGCUACCGCAUCAACUACCGUAGUCUGGAGCGCACCUUGACGAACGAGGAAACCAACGAGAUGCAUAACAAGGUUCGGGAGAAGCUUGUUGGUGACUUUGGAGUGGAGUUGAGGUGA